UCUUAAAAACGGUGUAAACUCAAACAUUUCUCUUCUUUAAUUUUUUUUCUUCUGUAAACUUGUUUGAUUAGUUAUAAUUGCCAAACUGUUUUCGGGAGGUCCUGCGGUCGAUUGAACUGAUCUCAGCAUUAUACUUAUAUUUAUUUUCGCUAUGCUGCUACCGACUCCAGUGAAAUCUGAACUCGGAAUGUAGAAGGAUAGCAGUGGGUACCGUUGGAGAUUUCUUAAAACGAUCUACAGGACCAUUUAUCUGAUUUCCUGUCUUCAUCUAGUUCUCUCUGAUCAAGUGGGACCUUCCUCACUUACUGGGACGCAAUCCAGCGCAACGCUUUCAGGUUCUUCAAGAGAAUUCUUCUCAUUAGCAUCAUACUUCCAACGACAGCAUUCUGCUAAGCAUGCCAGCUGUUUCCACCACACCUUCGCUGUUGAUGGGAUUCUCUCGUCGGUUUUAUCGAGGUAUUUUCUCAUCAGACAUUGUUGCCAGAAAACUUGUGAUAAGAGAACACACAAAUAUGUAAAUUUUGUGGCGCUUAAUAUUUUGCAUUGAAUGGAGUACUUGUGUAACUUGCCCGAUCUUAAAGUCCCCUUUCUUAGAGAUGUUGCUUCAUACCGUGGUCAACCAAAUGCAUUAACAUCAGUCUUGUACAAAUCGUUGCCAUGCUGGUCAACUUUCACUGGAGGAAGUUUAUUGUGUUGUCUGUUGCCGUCUUUUUUAUCUACGGCGGAUUUAAAUAUCUUGUGCGUGGUAAGAAACAGAAACCAGAUGGUAUCAGCGUAUCGGUCCGGUUUUCUGGACGUUUUGGCAACCAUUUGUUUCAGUAUGCAUCAUUAUUGGGAAUCGCUCGUAAAAAUAACAUGACCGCCUGUGUUCCAAGUUGGCUUGACCUCAGUUCAGUAUUUAACAUUGACAUGUGUGAUGGUGAUGUAAGAGAUUUUGGGGCCUAUGUCAGCUACAAUGAAGAAAUGUUUGCCAAGUUUUUCCCCCACUUCUUCAAACUUCCUAAACAGAACACCUUGUUAAAUGGAUACCUUCAGUCUUUCAAAUACUUUGACUUCAUGAAAUCAGAAAUUCUUCAGAAUCAGUUCCGCUUCAGAGAAAAAUAUCAGUUAAUGGCAAACAGUUUUCUACAGAAAUUACUCACAGAACAUCGCAAAAAACAAAUCAACACCAAACAAAGCCUGGUAGAAUCUUUGAUCAAAGAUGGCAAUGCAGAUGACCACCCAGUUGUUGUGGGAAUUCAUGUGCGACGUGGAGAUUUUGUCCGAGGUUAUACCCGUGGCUACAGCACACCACCCCUUCCGUAUUAUUAUCGCGCCAUGAACUACUUUCUCAGAAAGUACCCCAAAAUCAUUUUUGUCAUCUGCAGCAAUGAUAUUGUAUGGUGUCAAGAUAACUUAGCUGAUGAAAACAUUUACUUCUCAGGCACUAAGAAUGUAUAUGUCGACUUCGCUAUUCUAGCUAGUUGCGACCACGUCAUUUUAAGCUCGGGGACUUUUUCAUGGUGGGCUGGUUACCUCAACAAAGGCAUCGUUGUUUAUUAUAAAGAUUUCCCACGUCCCAAUAGCAUUCUGGAGAAAUCUUUUAAUCGCAAGGAUUAUUACCCAGAUUCUUGGAUUCCACUCUGA